AUGGUGUUUUGGAAAUUUACGAUCGUUUGCUCGCAACAGGACUGGGAACAAAGUAACACCAUCAGUCUUACAACGUACAUGAUGUUACUAGUGUCUCUGACAUUUAACAUAUUCAUACUGUGCUAUAUUGGCGAACUUCUGAUGGAAAAGAGCAGUAGCGUUGGAUUGUUUUGUUUUAUGACCGACUGGUUUCAUCUACCGACCAAAAUGAUACACGGCCUCAUUUUAAUCAUUGCUGUGUCAAAUAAUCCAGCUAAAAUUAGUGCGGGCAGAAUAGCUGAUUUAUCUUUAUCCACUUUCGGAGCUGUAAGUCCCUAUUAAUUUUUAAAUUUUCUCGUAUAAAUUUCAGAGAUCAUCUGUCGCUCAUAAAAGCUAA